GAUUUAUUUCAUCAUGCAUUUCUCAUUCGAACGCGUGCCGUCGUGUAAUCACAGAUAUAUUUUUUGAUUUUUUCAAAUCGAUUUUUGAUUUUAUGAUUUUCGUUUCAAUAUUCGUAUCUAUUGUACCAGCAUAAUCAAUAUUAUUGUUCAACAAAUUUCAGUCAAUGAAAAGCUACAUAUUUAACUCAUACUGAAUAAUAUUAAAAAAAAAACAUAUUCUUUUGGGAUUGAGAAAAAAACUACGGAGCAACGAAAAAUUUGUGUUCAGGAUUCACAAGAAGCAGGACCGAAACUCCAGUCGAUCGUAAUUGGCGAAAAUUCUAAGAUGAGAGAAGUACCGGAAAAUAGACAAAAAACUUUAAGAAAUCAAGAAAAGGGCGACUAUUUCGAUCCGUUUCUUGAGAGAAACUUAGAACACCCAACCACUAAUGGCGAGACUUUGACUCAUUUACUUAAAGCAUCUCUGGGAACCGGCAUCCUGGCCAUGCCGUUAGCUUUCCAGUGUUCAGGACUUAUAACCGGCAUAUUCGCAACAGUGUUUGUGUCUUUCGUGUGCACGUAUUGCUCGUACUCAUUGGUGAAAUGCGCUCAUACGCUCUAUAGGCGAACAAGAGUGUCGUCCAUGAGUUACGCGGAUGUGGCUGAAGUGGCAUUCGCCAACGGACCUAAAUGGUCUAGAAAUUUCUCUUCGGUAACCCGUCAGUCAGUGCUCUGGCUGCUGUUCGUCACGUACUUUGGAACGUGCAGCGUGUACACAGUGAUAAUCGCUUCGAACUUUGAUCAACUGUUCACAUACCACAUGGGUUAUGAACUGAACCUUCGGUCCUUUAUUGCGAUACUGCUCAUACCACUCAUACUGCUCAGCUACGUACCCAAUCUCAAGUACUUGGCGCCCGUCUCCAUGGUUGCUAACCUGUUGAUGGCCACCGGUUUAGGUAUCACGUUUUACUAUACGCUGAGUGACAUGCCCAAUAUUUCAGAAAGGCCGGCCGUGGGGUCGCUCGAAACGUUCCCAUCGUUCUUCUGCCUCACCGUGUUUGCCAUGGAAGCUAUUGGUGUGGUGAUGCCGUUGGAGAACAACAUGAAAACGCCCAGAAACUUUUUAGGAAUUUUUGGCGUGCUGAACGUCGGCAUGGGUGGCGUGACCAUGGUGUACAUUUUGCUCGGGUUUUUCGGUUACUUGAAGUACGGUGAAGCAACGAAAUCGAGUAUAACGUUAAACCUUCCCAUCGAAGACGUUGCCGCUCAAAUGGCUAAAAUAUGCAUCAGUUUAGCAGUGUUCUGCACGUACGGUCUACAAUUUUUCGUUUGCUUGGAAAUUAUUUGGACCAAAAUUCAGGAAAACUUUGAAAAAUCUACAAUGUUCCACAAUUAUGUUUUGAGAACGGUUCUGGUGACCCUGUCCGUGCUGAUCGCUGUGGCUGUACCGACUAUCGGACCGUUCAUCGGACUCAUCGGUGCCUUCUGUUUUUCGCUUCUCGGCAUCGUCGUGCCCGUUCUCAUAGAGUUUGCCACAUACUGGAACGACGUGACCAUCUGGAUGACACUUCGGAACGUAGUGCUAAUCAUUGUCGGUAUCUUGGCGUUGGUCUUUGGUACGGUUAACAGCGUCGCAGAUAUAAUCGCUGCGUACGAUCCCGCCCAGGCCGUCAAAUGUGCCAUAAAUUCCACGCUGACUGAACCAAUCGCAGAAUGACCGGAAAUCCGGCCAUACCAUCCACUGCCCAGCCACACAGAAUUCAAGACUUUCGAUCGUGACGAGUAUAUCGUUACGAUAAUUAUGUAUAUAUACAUAUAAUCAUAGGCGUAGUGCUAGGCGUUUCUUGGUGAGAUCAAAUGCCUUCUGCCCCAUUUCUUACCAAAAAAUUAAAAAGAAAAGGUUCUAUUGUUUAUAUCGUUAAGAUCAAUUUUUACGUUGUCUUUUAAAAUAUACGAAUUGCCUUCCGUUUUUAUCGUAAAUAAAAAGGUCAAUAUACACUAAUUGCUUUUGACGAACAGGUAAUUGGUAUUUAUAUAUAUUUUACUUCAUGUAAAGAAUAAAAUGGUAGUGAAUAAAACUAAGAAUCAUUUAAGAAUCAAUUUCUCAUUUAAUACCUGCCCGUCGGGAGGUAACUAGUACUAGACAUUUUUCAUUAACGUUGAAAUUUAAGGUACAUCGGGAGGCAAUUAGUAUGCGUCAUAUUUUUAAUAGGUAUAUUCCUCAUCUUGAUAGUGUAUAAUUUAUAUUAUAUCUUCAUAAAAUCAUAAUUGACUGAGUAUUAAAUAUAAUAAUAAUUUAAAGACGUGUAGAAUAUAUUUUUUUUUGAUAUGAUAAAAAAACAUUUUAACUAAUUUAUUAAGUAAAAAAUAGCUUGAUUUAAAAAAUAAUUGUUUUCAUUAAAAUUUAAAAUUUAAUUAUAAAAACAAUUAUGUAAAUAAAAGAGUUAACAAAAAUAAUUUUUUACAUAAAUAAUAAUGUAAUAUAAUCACACAUGAAAAGUUAUUAAUAUUGGUAAUUGUGUCACUUGCAAAUAAAAAUACUGACUACGCCUAUGUAUAAAAUAGAAUUAAUCAUGCAUUUACAAGUAUUCAGAAUGUUAAGGUGUGGUCGGGUUGGUCGGAUGACUGGGACCGACGCGGAUGUGGAAACUGCCAAGAUUAAUUUAUCAUUUUUAUUAUUAUUAUAUAUUAUUUUAUAAGACUUUUUUUUUUUAUUUGAUCUAGAGUCUAGACGGAUUCACAUAAUAUUUAAUAUAUUAUUAUAACUAGGUUUACAAAAAUUUUCUAUUUAUUUUUUUAUAAAUGUAUUAUGUAUAGAUAAUAAGAAAUUACAAUUGUAUUUUAUUUUAUUCUUUUUAUACAUAAUAAUAAUCAAUAUAUAAUUUAAUAAUUA